AUGAGGAAUUUCGAUAUUCGAUACCCAAAAGGGGGGAAACGCGUGCCACUGGUCAAUCGUGAAAGAUCGGAAAUUCUGGCAGCCAGCUCUGGCAGCCCACUUCACGUAGGAAAAAUGCCUUUAACGAGUUCCCAAAUUGAAGAAGGAAUCAUAAUCGACAGUUACCUAAAAUCCACCUUUUCAAGUAUCUUGAAUCUACACCUUCAAAAUGAAACUAGUGAAAAAGCAGUGAUAAGUGCAAUAAACAAACUGCUUUCUGUAUCAAAAACUCGCCCACAAGGUUUAGAGUAUUUGAAUUUGAUACUAAAUAACUGUUCUAUUGAAAUUGUUUCCCAAAAUGCACUCAACUGGAUUAACCACUGCUUGGUAAAAUAUACUGAUGAUCAGUUAAAAGAAGUUAAACUACUUUCCAUUGGAAACAUUGUUGAAAAUGUAUACAAGGACCAAGAUUUCUCUAAAAAGUUCGUUUCUGAUUACCUCAACAAGGUUAUGGAAAUGUGUUUGUCUUCCCAUAACAAUCCCAAUGAAAUUGAAGCAGCUCUUGGAACUCUGACCAUAUGUAUGAAACACUAUGCUAGUUGGUUCACUUCUCACAAAAUCAGGAUAGAAACUUUCCUCCUCCAAUAUCUUGAAAGUUCUGUAGAUUCUAUUGUAGAAAAAGCAGCAAUUGGCUUCCAUUUCUCACAACAGAUUGGAGGUGGAGGUAUAGAUGGUUCAAACCAUAUAAACAGCUUUUCAUCUUCUUUUCGAAAAUUGUGUGCUACAGUACAUAAACUCUUUGAUAAGUUUCUUGAAAAUGAAACUGAAUUUGAUGAGUUUAAAAUUUCUGACUUGAAUGGGUUUGAUUUCAAUGAAUCUGCUCAUGACUCCCAAAAAAUGCAGCAAGUAGUGGCCAGACAUAUCCAUAAUUGUUUGAAAUUCAUCAUGACAAUGAUGAUUAAAGGGUUUCCUGUUGCCAAAGAAAUCAGGCCUCUAGAAGUAUUGAAUAUUAUCAGGAGGGGCACCUCUAUCCAUCAUUGUGUAUCAACUGAUAAGGUUAAUUCAAUAGCAGAUUUCCAGUUCUCUCUACUACUCAAUAAUAUCCAGAUACAGUUAUUACAGUUAUUGAGGGUUACCAUAAUAUGGAUGCAAGCCAAUAGUUUACCAUUUUCAUUCAUCAUAAGUAAAGUUCUAGUAGAUUGUUUGAAGAAAGUGGAAAGUUGUGAUUGUUUCCUUACAAAUUGGUUGUAUAAAGAAACAGUUUAUAAAGUACUACACCAAUGGAUUCAAAUUUCAAAAUGCUCUUUACAUCCUCACUUCCAAAAUCAGCUGAUAUCCUGCAUUUUGAUUGGUAUCACUCCUGUUAAAAGCCAACUUUCUCUAAAAAUAAUUUCGGCUACAGACAAAAAUAAAUCCAAAAAAGCACAACACAAAGCUGUAACUGAAAGAAUUAUUGCUGGUAGACUAGAAAAUGGUAGUCUGCAUAAAACUGAAGCAGAGAAAAUCGGAGAUGAAAAGAUUUGUUCAAUGGCUUUAGAUACACUGAAACAUCUACUCACUUCCUCUAAUUUGAAAAUCAAGAGUGAACUAUUAAAAGAUGUAUAUUCCUCUGUGUUAGGAACCCUAAACGAAAUAAACACGUCCAAUCUAUCCCACCCUUACACCAACCCUGAAUGCCAGGCAAAGCUCUACCAAGUACUGGUCUCAUUUUACGAACAAGACACUUUGGACAUCCUCCCACCGCUUCAGCUCACCCUGGACAUUCUGAACAAAGGGGCCAACAGUUACAACAGGCACAUAUCUAGCGUAUGCGAAAAGGGGCUGAGCGUUCUGGAGAAGCUGUGCCAGCCAGUGUGCCCGUCUUUGUACUCGCCCGACAUGUUCCCCGCUAGACAGGGGGAUGAUCAAAAGGAGAAGGUAUUCAGUGAAGAGGUUGUGGAGAUGGUGACCCAAUCUGCGGAAGUGGAGCAAGAGGAAUCACUGAAUGUUUUGAAUGGCGGUAUUGUGAGGCCGGAAACUUCAAUGGAGGUGUGUGAGACUGAGGAGCAGGAGACAUCCUUGAAUAAAUCAGUGAAUAUUCUGGAUGUUUGUGUUGUGAGACCUCCGACAGAAAAAGAAGAUGAGGUGGCUGAAGGGUCUGAAGUACUCCAGGCAGUAGUUGAUGGCCCAGACGAAAUUGAUGAGUCAAAAACUGAAGAACAUCGAGUUCCCUCUCAAGAAUUGACUCUCAAUACUGAAAUCAACAUUCUGAAAGAUGAAGUUUUGAAUUACUCCACAAUCGAACUGGAUAACACUAUUGCACAUCAUGAAGUGAAACUGAAUGAAGUGAAUAUCGAAUUAGAAGAAUCUGAUGACGAAAAUGUAUUAACCAUAGAGGAAACUGAAAAAGAAGAUGAAAAUUAUGGAGAACCGCCAUUGAAAAAAUGCAAAGGCGAAGAAACAAAGUCAGAAGAAAUUACCAUUGAAGAACAAAGUGCUGAACAAGUUGAUACAGGGAUUUCUGAAGACAUUGAAAAGGGUGAGGAACUUCAAGAAGACUCAUUUGUGGAUGAAGUCAAAGAUUAUUGAGAAUCACCCAUAAGUUUUUCCUGAAGUUAGUAUUUCAAGUUUAUAUUUUGUUGAAGAAUAAAAGACAGUAUAUUAUAUAAAAUCAUUAUUAAUAAUUAACCAAUUAAAAACGAGAUGACACUAGUAAAUUGUACAAAAUAAAUAAAUGAUCUUAUGUAACUAAAAAACUAAAAUGAGGUGUAAAUUCUAUGUACAAAAAUACUUUUUGAUGUGGAAAUAAUGAGUAGAGCUACAAGUUAAAAUAUAUCACGGCACUUAGUUUUUCUAUUAAUGCUGCAUCCUAGGGCCUCUGGAAAUUCAGUCAACUGGUUCCAAGCUACAUGGACCCUAAGAAAAAAUUUCCAUUAAACAUUUUGCAUUUCACUGAAUAUCUUUGAGUUGAACAUUGUUUUAUUACGAGACAAUUCCAAAUAUUUCAGGAGACAUAGGCUGUUGAAGCUAGAGAAACAAACAGCAAGAAAAUACAUUUUUUGAUUACUUUUCAAUAUUUUUUUGAUAAGUUUCUCAGAUGUUUUCAUUAGAAAACGAAUGAUAGUUUCUGAAAAGAGUAGGAAAUUGAAGAAAUUCAACAGUUCCAAUUCAUUGAUUCAAUUUCAAGUAAUGAAUUAAUUCAAUGAUUAAUAAUUAUAAAUGAAAUAUAAUAUUCAUGAAUUAUGUAAAAUCACUUGAAUCUCAUCUAUUAGCAUAACCACCAUUUUUUAUAAAAUGAUGCAAAAAUAUACUUCCUGAUUCUUG